UCCAAGUCCGGAUUAGCAAGGAAGCCCAGACACUCCUCUCCCCGGCCACUUCCACCAGCUCCUCCAGGAGGAUACUGAGGCAUUCAAAGGCCAGCUGAUCUCACAAGUGUGUCCUAGGUCCACCCCGUGGUCUCCUCCAAGACGGACAUGCCCAAUACAUCUCUCCAGGAAACAUCCAGGUACGUGACCCUGGGUCAAAAUGACCGAGCGCUACGACUGUCACUACUGCAAGGAGUCCCUGUUUGGGAAGAAGUACGUCCUAAGAGAGGAGAAUCCCUACUGUGUGAAAUGUUACGAGAGCCUGUACUCCAACACCUGCGAGGAGUGCAAGAAGCCAAUUGGCUGCAACACCAGGGAUCUGUCUUACAAGGACCGUCACUGGCAUGAGGAGUGUUUCAAGUGCUUCCAGUGCAAGCGCUCGCUGGUGGACAAGCCCUUCUCCACCAAGGAUGAACAGCUUCUGUGUACUGAGUGCUACUCCAAUGAGUAUUCCUCCAAGUGCCAUGAGUGCAAGAAAACCAUCAUGCCAGGCUCCAGGAAGAUGGAGCACAAGGGGAACAGCUGGCAUGAGACCUGCUUCACCUGCCAGAGGUGCCAGCAGCCAAUUGGCACCAAGAGCUUCAUCCCCAAGGACAACCACAACUUCUGUGUGCCCUGCUAUGAGAAGCAGUUUGCCAUGCAGUGUGUGCACUGCAAGAAGCCCAUCACCACUGGCGGUGUGACCUACCAUGACCAGCCCUGGCAUAAGGACUGCUUCCUGUGCACUAGCUGCAAGCAGCAGCUGUCUGGUCAGAGGUUUACGUCUAGAGACGACUUUGCCUACUGUCUCAACUGCUUCUGCAACCUGUAUGCCAAGAAAUGUGCCUCCUGCACCACCCCCAUUAGCGGCCUCGGAGGCAGCAAGUACAUUUCCUUUGAGGAGCGCCAGUGGCAUAAUGACUGCUUCAACUGUAAGAAGUGCUCUGUGUCCCUUGUUGGCCGUGGCUUCCUCACUGAGCGCGAUGACAUCCUGUGCCCCGAGUGUGGCAAAGACAUCUAAUUCUGUGUGAGGGGCGAUGGAUACCUCUGAUUGGAUGGCCACGUCAUAAGAAUGAGAGCGAUAUAUGAAAUACUAUCAGAGCAUAGAGAAUAGCCUCCACAGCAUCAUUUACUUCCUAGCAUCAAUAUUAAUGUACAUUGUUGCCAUGAAAAACUACUAACUGUUUUUGAGUUUAGAAAGUUGAAGUUGAAUGUUCUCUGAGAAAAAGUCAUGACUAAUAUUAUAACUGUUGGCAUGAAUGUAAAGACCUUUGCUUAUAAAACAGCAACAUGUUUGCAGAUAGACUCUGUGUGAAGAAUCUGUCUGCAGAAUUCAUGUAUGUGUAUGACAAUCCACUUUAAGUGUAAUAAUAAUCACUGCUUUGUGCAUGGGCUAGCUUGAAGCUGUAAUUAGUAGAGGUUUUGUGAAUGAGUUCUUCUAUUACCUAUUAAAUAUUUCA